UACUAGUUAUAGUUAAUGAAAGAGUUGUUAAUUAUUUCAUAAAUCAUUUUUAUUAAUAUAUUCUUUGAGAUAAUAGUAUUAUUUACCUUAUUUAAGUGAUGGUAAACAUUUUUGGAUGUUCUUACGUCCGCCUAAUCCAAUAUCGUCCCACAUUUUUACACAGAUAAUCGAUUUUACUACAUACUGUAGUGGUUGUAUUUAUGGCUUGUUCGUAUUAUUAUUACUGUUUAUAGGCAAAUUUAUUUCUAAUGUUGCUAAAAUUGAGUUGUAAAAUUUUAAAAUGGACGAGAUAUCUUUGUUGAAAAAACGUACAUCAAUAGAAGCACUGCAAAACAUGAUACGUAAUGAUGAUUCUAACCAGACACCUCCUAAGAUAAAACGGUCAUUUUCAUUGAAGCGAGACCUUAUACGUAGUAAGCAUAUAAGACAGGGAGAUAUGGAUGAUACAAAAUUAAGGUUAUCUAUGUUCCGAAAACCAUCAUCAUGGAAUAAGGUUUUAGGGAAAAUGUUACAAAAAAUGUCCUACAUUGGCCUACAACAGGACAAAGGCAAUUUAUGUUCCAAAUAUGACGCCUAUAUAUCACGGUCUUCAUCAGAUAUUUAUAAUGAAAAUACAUUUCAAGGUCCCAAGAUUUUAACUGGAGAUAAAGUUCCUGGUGUAGUGGGACUUCGAAAUCAGGGUAAUACAUGUUUUAUGAAUGCUGUUCUACAAUGUUUAAGUCAUACAGACGUUUUAGCCAGGUAUUUUGUAAUGGAUCAAUACAAAAUGGAUCUGACUAGAAGAAAUAAAUUAAAUUCGAAAAAGUAUGGUACUCGUGGAGAAAUGACUGAACAAUUAGCAUUGUUGUUGAAAUCUAUAUGGCUUUGCAAGUAUGAUCCAGAUAUGUCAAAUCAGUUUAAAGCAAUUGUUGAUAAAUAUGGCUCUCAAUACAGAGGAAAUAAUCAACAUGAUGCUCAAGAGUUUUUGCUUUGGCUCUUAGAUAAAGUUCAUGAAGAUUUGAAUACAGCUACAAAAAAGAAAUAUAAGACAAUUAGAAAUACUUUUGGGAGACCAGAUGAACAAGUAGCUGCUGAAACACUUGCUAAUCAUGUAAGGUGUAAUGAAUCUUUUAUACAUAAUGUUUUCCAAGCCCAAUUUAAGUCCUCCUUAACUUGUCCCCGUUGUAUGCGGCAAUCUAAUACAUUUGAUCCAUUUCUAUGUAUAUCCAUACCAGUACCUCAAUGUUAUUCAACACCUGUGUAUGUAACAGUAAUUUAUACUUCACAACAACCUAGAGAAGUUAAGUUGGGGUUAUCACUUCAAAUUGAUUUUACAAUUGCUGAAUUUCGUGAACUCUUGUGGUCAUAUACAGGUAUUCAACAAGAACAUAUGCUAAUUACAGAAAUUACUGAUAUUGGGUUCAAUAGGACAUUUUGUGAUUCAAUGCCUGUAUCAAUGAUUAAAGAAUCUGACCCUUUGUACUGUUUGGAACUUCCUAAGUUAAAUGAAUGCAGUAAUGAAAGUGGCCCCUAUUUAUUGCUCUGUUGGGUUAAUGUACUUGUUAUUGAAGAUCAAUGUUCUAGAUUUGGAAGUGCUUUUACAAUGCAAAUUUGUCGUGAAACAUCAUACAAAGAUCUUCAAAAACUCUUAUUGAAAGAAAUGGCUUCAAUGUUACAUGAUGAUAUAUUAACUGCUGAACAAGACAUACCUUUGUUUGGUAUACGUUUGGCUGAUGCUAGUGAUUUACCUCAAUAUCUUGACCCAACUGUAGAACUACCUCUUUUUACGGAUCCCAUUGACCAAGCAUUAGCAAUGUCUGGAGAUCAACCUCAUAUUAAAUUUAUACUUGAAUGGGACCUUCAUGCAAAAAAAACAACUAUUGCGGAUCAUUGUGAACAAGUUGAAGAACAUGCUAGUGUGAAACAACUAAAACUAAACUCUGAACAUGGUACAUCUAUCACUCUUGAACAAUGUUUUGAUAUGUAUACAAAAGAAGAAAUUUUAGGACCAGAAAAUGCAUGGCAUUGUCCGCAGUGUAAUUUAAAACAAGAGGUUGUAAAAAAACUUGGAUUAUGGACAUUACCAGACAUAUUAGUUGUUCAUUUAAAACGUUUUCGGCAGUCAUUAACUCUACCAUCUACACGACAACAAAAUAAUAAGCAACCAACUAAACUUUCAGUUCUUGUAGAUUUUCCUCUUUAUAGUUUUGAUAUGACCCCUCAUUUAGCCAUAGGUCGGGAUGUUAGGGUACCAUUAAAACCUCCAUCAUCACGCCGUUUAAACUCAAUACACGAUCGUAACUUAUACGAUUUGUAUGCUGUAUGUAAUCACCAUGGUUCAGAUCCACAUAGUGGUCAUUAUACUGCAUUUUGUAAAAAUCCAUAUGAUAAGCAAUGGUACAGUUUUGAUGACACAAAAGUUACUCCCAUCCCAGAUACAUCAUUAGUGACUACAUCAGCAUAUAUGUUAUUUUACCAAAGACGUGAUAUGAUUCUUAAUGGCACAGAUCAUUGGGCAACAAGGUUACAUACUCGCAUAUCAAACAGUCAUUCAGUUGGACAAAUUGUUGACAAUAAAGAAAAUAAUAGUGAAAAUAUUGACGAAUUAAGUGAUUCACCAUCUAGCAAUACUAUUUCCAGAUCUUCAACAGUGGAAAAUGAUGCAGUCUUUUCAAGAUCAAAUUCACCCACUGUUAAUGACAGGAUACAAACUGAACCAAUUAAUGACGAAUCUGAUAAUAAUUUUAAAAAUUUUUUGAAUAAUGCCAAGGAGUCAUGUAUUUAAUAUUUAAUAAAUCUGUUUUAAAAUUGUUAUUUUAAGGAUAGUAUACCAAUUACCAUUUAUGAAUUAUUAUUAUUUGUUUUUAUAAUUAAGAAAUUAAGCUACAGGUUAUAUAUAAAUAUUUUGGCAACAAAAAAAAAUUGUUUAUUUGCUCACAUUACAAAAACAUUCCUUGUAUUUAACAUAAUCCAUUUAUAUCAAUUUAAUGGAUAAACAAAAUGUGUAUUUACUAAACAUUUUAUAUGUAUUUUAUUAUUUGAGCUACAAAAAUCUUUAAUACAAUUAUUAAGUAUAAAAUGCUCAAAAAUAAUUCUAUAUAAAAUAUUGUAAUAUAUAAAUGUAAACAUUUAUUAUAUAUAACUAAUGCCUAAUAUAUUUAUAUAAAUUCACUUAUUAAAUUUGCACAAUUUCAUUUAAUUCUUACGAAUAAAAGGUAAAAGGUAAAUUUUUAUUUUGUCCAAUUUAAAUUUUAUUUUUUUAAGUAAAUGUACUUUAUUUAUUUUGUUACUACCACUUUUUCCUCAUUCCCUUUAUUUAUUAGAAUAAUAAUUAUUAUGUUUUAUAGGAUAGCCUAAAGUUAAAAGAAAAAAUUAUAUGGCUAUUAUUUGUUUAAACCUACUUAACAACUUAACCAUAUUCGCUUAAUGAUUAUUGUUUAGUGUUAUUUUUUUUACACUAUUUCU